UGAAUUCAUAUUUUUGCAAGAAAGACUCAACUAUAAGCCACAUUCCUGACUCUCCCAUUCGUCAAAGCUCAAUAAGACACCCUAUGGAAACUUCUAUCGGAUCAUUACCGCAGAGGCCUCUAGUUUUGACUUGACUCUUAUAGGCCCUGCUUUAAUGCACUCUUGUCUACAUUUCUCUGUUUAAACCCACAAUCUAGUACCACUCCUCCUCAAAAUUCCUGAAACCAACAAACUUUGUGUGCAAAAAACCAUCUUCAAUUUUUCCAUGUAUAUGCUUAAUCCUUGUGUUUGUGGAACAUUACAUCCUGAAUUUGAUGAACCAUGUCUUGCAAGUCCUGGUUCCAGUCCCAAAAAAUCCAAAAGAAAAGAUAGCAGAAACAAAAAUCCUUACUCCAGUCGUGGCCUAGACAAGUUUUCUGAGCUUCUGGCUGUUCUAGAUGAGAAAAGACAGAAGCUAUACUCACAGAUGAACCCUCAUGAUGUCUCCAUAGUUCGAUUUGUUCACUCCAACACAGAUGAUUUUGUCCCUAUUGUGGUCAAGUUGAAGAACAACAACAAGGAUCAGAAGCACAAGAGCCAAGAACUCAACAAAGUUGUGAAAGCAAGAAAGUCAACGGAAAGUUCCCCAAUUGAAUCCACAAAGGAACCCCAUUUGGAAGAAAAAAAGCAACCCCAUUUGGAAUCUGAGAAAGUGGAAGCUAAGAAGAGGAUCUCUUGGAAUUUGAAGAAUUUGGACAGGGUGAAGCCAUGUUUCUAUUUGCCAAUGGUGAUGAUUUUGAUCUUGGUAGUCUUGACUCUGUUUGGGAAAUCAGUUGCAAUUCUCUGCACCUGCAUCUUGUGGUAUGUUAUCCCCACAUUGAAUGAUCAUAGCUCAUCAUCAUCAUCAUCAAAUCAAAGAUGGUCAAUGAAGAAGAAAGAUUAUGUUAGAGGGUUGAGUGAGAAGAACAUGGAGGUGACUAAGAGAAAAGACUAUGUUAGAGGGUUCAGUGAGAAGAAGAUGGAGGUGAAUGAAGGGAUCAAAAAGAAAGAAUAUGUUAGGAGGUGGAGUGAGAAGAUUGUGGCCACUGAUCCACUUUCUCCAAGAAGUGAAGAUUACUCUGAGGCUUCCAAGAACAAGAAUCAAGCAAAACAUUCCCAUAAGAAAAGCUGGUGAAGAAUAUCAUGAUCAUCUGUUGUUCAUUCUCUUAUUUUUUGUUUCAUCUUCUGGAUAUUUCCAUUUCUGUGUUAGGAGUUUGAAUUUUGCUGUUGUGAAUAGGUCAGGCAAGUUUUUGUUAGUGACGCGUGUUUAAGAGCGUGUUUGGAUCAACUUUUUUUUGUUAUAAUCAAUUGUAGACUUUCCGAGCUACUCACAUAAAUAUCUUCUUAGAA